AUGGCGACGGCGACGGUGACGGCGACCGUCGUGUCGGCAGUCUUGACGACGGUCUCGGCCACCAAGUCCUCGGCCACGGCCACGUCCACGACCCGCGCAAAAGCCCAGGGCGGCGUCCUGGACGGCCUCGACCCGAUUGUAUACGAUGCUAGCAACCCGAUCCUGCUCUUCAUCGUGCAGGCCGUCAUCAUCAUUGUGUUCUGUCGCCUGCUGCACUAUCCGCUCCGUUAUCUGGGCCAGCCACGGGUCAUCGCCGAGGUCAUUGGCGGCAUCCUGCUGGGCCCGUCCGUCAUGAUGCGCAUCCCCGGCUUCAAGGCCAACAUCUUCCCGACCGAGAGCAUGCCGAUCCUGAGCAACAUUGCCAAUCUGGGCCUGAUCAUCUUUCUCUUCCUCACCGGGCUCGAGGUCGACCUGGGCAUGUUCCGCCAGAACUGGCGGGCCGCCGUCGGGGUCUCGCUUGCGAGCAUGGCCCUGCCCUUUGGUCUCGGCUAUGCCAUCGCCUGGGGGCUGUACAAGCAGUUUGACGACGCGCAGAGCACCGAGCCGAUCGGCUUCGGCGUCUACGGCCUCUUCAUCGGCACCGCCCUCGCCAUCACCGCCUUCCCGGUGCUCUGCCGCAUCCUGACCGAGCUGAAGCUGCUUAACAACAUUGUCGGCGUGACCGCGCUGGCGGCCGGCGUCGGUAACGACGUCGUCGGCUGGAUCCUGCUGGCGCUGUGCGUCUCGCUCGUCAACAACAGCAGCGGCCUGACCGCCCUCUGGGCUCUCCUCUGCGUCUUCGGCUGGACGCUUUUCCUCGUCUUCGGCGUCCGGCCCUGCUUCAUCUGGGUUCUGCGUCGCAACGGAAGCCUGCAGAAUGGCCCCACCGAAUCCAUGGUCUGCCUGACCCUUCUGCUCGUCCUCACGUCGGCCUGGUUUACCGGCAUCAUUGGCAUCCAUCCCAUCUUUGGUGGUUUCCUUGUCGGUGUCAUUUGUCCACACGACGGAGGUUUCACCGUCAAAUUGACGGAAAAAAUUGAAGACUUCCUUUCCGGCCUCUUUCUGCCCCUCUACUUUGCCCUUUCUGGGCUCAGCACGAAUCUUGGCCUGCUCAACAACGGCAUCACCUGGGCUUAUGUAAUUGGUAUCAUUUCCGUCGCCUUCGUCGGCAAGUUUGUCGGUGGUACUCUCUCUGCCCGCCUCUGUGGCAUGUUCUGGCGAGAAAGCUGCAGCGUUGGGGUUCUUAUGAGCUGCAAGGGUCUUGUCGAAUUGAUUGUGCUGAAUAUUGGACUUCAAGCAAAGAUUAUCUCGCAGCGAACCUUUACUAUGUUUGUCGUUAUGGCACUCAUCACAACUGUGUCGACGACUCCUCUGACCAGACUCGUCUACCCUCUGUCUUACCGGCAAAAGUGUGAGAAAUUUCGACGUGGCGAAAUCGACUGGGAGGGAAAUCCCAUCAACAGCGAGGACGACAGCCAGCGGGAGUCUCUCGACAAGCUCAAGCAGACCCAAGUUCGUCGCCUGCUCGUCUACCUGCGUCUGGAUAGUCUCCCUGGUCUCUUUACGUUCAUCUCUAUUCUGGGGAACAUUGACGGACCGAAUAGCAAAGCAGCUGAAGACGGCAAAAUGCAGACGGAAACGGCUCCACGCCGGCAUCUGCAAGUUCAUGGUAUUCGGCUGCUGGAGCUGACUGAGCGGACGUCUUCGGUUAUGCAAGUUACCGAAGUGAAUGAAUUUACCCGCCAUGACCCUGUUGUCAAUACGUUUCGGACCUUCUCUCAACUGCAUGACUUGGCGGUUUCGGGUCAAGUAGCUGUCUCGCCAGCUGCUUCAUUCCCGGAGACACUGGUAACGGAAGCAACCGAGAUGGAAUCGGACUUCGUGCUGAUCCCAUGGGGCGAAAGGGGGCUUGUCAGUGACGAGUCGUCGGCUCUGUUCACGAUGAGCUCGUCAACUACUCGCUUCGACGACCGUGCCCACCUCGACUUCCUCCAUGCAGCUAUGGACAAGGCCGUGUGCAACACGGGUAUUUUCAUCGACAACGGAUUUGGCACUGCCUCUGGCUCCCGCCAUGAACAGCCCAGUCUCACACGCACAGUAUCACUCUUGUCAAUGCGUAGCCAUCGCGAGCCGGCGACUCUGCCCGUAGCGAACAAGACUCAUCGGAUAUUCUUUCCUUUCUUCGGUGGUGUGGACGAUCGGGUCGCUCUCCGAGUCGUUCUGCAGCUGGCCAAGAACACAAACAUAUCGCUUACCAUUGCUAUGUUCAACACGGACGGGGAGGGCGCAGUAGGCAGCCAUGGACCCGAAGUGGUGGGGGCCAGUCUCAGUGCCAGCAUCUCUGCGGACGAACCGAUGUCAAAAUCGAAGGCGAUGGCUGUUCAGGACGAGUUGUCUGCACAUGAUCUUGGUCUGUUAUCAAUGCUUCAGUCAUCCCUUCCCAGCGAGCUGUCUGGGCGGGUCAAGUUUGUGGACGUUUCUGUCAACGGGUCCGCUUCGGUUUUGCUGGACGAGGCGAUGGUGCGUGCCGGCCAGGUGGUGGGACAAGGACCGCGCAAUGGUGGUGACAUUGUUGUUCUCGGUCGUCACCACGCACGUUUUGGCGAUGCUCCUGUGGCGGCCGAGUCGUCGUCCGGCUACGAUUUGGCCCGAACAAUUGGGACGGCGGGGGCUCGGGUGGUGGAUGCGAAGCUCAAAGCUAGCGUGCUGGUCAUCCAAGCAGGUGGCCUUGGAUUGGAGUGGUAA